UUUCUCUGCCAGUUCGUACACGGACGGAGCAUCCGUAAGGCCUGUCUGAGCCUCCGCUCUCCAAUCGCCCAGUACUCUCGUCGCCCCGUCCUCUCAUCGCCCCGUCCUCUCAUCGCCCCCUCCUCUCUUCGCCCUCGUCCUCUCAUCGCCUCCCUUUCAGCGCAAGACAAAACAUCCACCGAGCACCACGCCAGAAAGUGCUUGGAGCGUCUCGGGAAAUUAAUCACUGAUGAGGAGCAAUCAGCCAUGGCAGAGCUCCUAACAAGUAAUCUUGCAGUGGUGCCUCCACUCGUAACUAAUAUCGUUUUACAGACUGCUGCUGUAUGAAUACACAGUGAAGUGGAGACACUCGGGGUAGAUGAUUAACCUGUUCAUGGCAAGUCUAUAGUGGCAUGCAUGCUUUGUUUCCCACUUCCUCAAACCCAUUGGUUACAUGUCAUCUUAUGAGCAUGACGACCCAAUUGUGAUUAGGAGAGUCAAUCUCAUGUAUCAACUCCUUGGAUGAGGAUGAAGAAAUUUAGCAUGGAGCUCUUCCCAUUUUACAAGGUUUUUGAGUGUGGUUUUCUUGUAAAGCCCUGGCCUUUGCAAAUCGGAGGAUCUAAUACACAACCAGCAGGUAAUCAACGACUUAAGAGCAGUCUAGUAGAAAUCUCAGUGACUACUCCUGCCACACCGUAUAAGAAAUCAUUUUGUGAAUGGCUAGCUGGAAUUAUUGAUGGCAGUGGAAGUCUUCAGGUGCUUAAGAAAGGAAAGACAUCUCUUGAAAUUACUAUGGGACUUGAAGAUGUAGCACUACUACGAUAUGUCCAACAUACGCUUGGUGGAAGUAUUAAAAUGCGGUCCGGUGCUAAAUCUUAUCGCUAUAGAUUAAUUCAUCACCUUGACAUGAUUAAAUUAAUGAAUUGUAUUAAUGGCCAUAUUCGUAAAUCUGCACGACUAGCACAGCUGCAUCGUGUCUGUCAAGAGCAUGAAAUUCCUGUAAUUGUGCCCAUCACAUUAGAUGCUCAAUCAAAUUGGUUCGGAGGAUUUUUUGAUGCUAAUGGUAGCAUUGAUAUCACUACGAAGAAUGAAUUGCCCCAACUCGGUGUUCGAGUCACUAGCAAACUGCUACAAGAUGUGGAGCCUUACAAGGCCAUGUUUGGUGGAGAUGUAUACUUUGACAGUGGUCGAAAUGGUUUCUAUGAAUGGUCUGUGCAGAGUCCUGAAGACGUUUUAUCAUUUGUUGGUUACUUUAAGACAAGUACUUUGAGAAGUCAGAAAUCAAGACGAUUCUUUCUAACAGAUGAAUAUUAUCAUCUUUAUGGUCUCAAAGCAUUUGAACCUUCCAGUAUGAACCAUAAAGCAUGGCUAGCUUUUCUAAAGAAAUGGAACAACUUGAUAGCGUAGCUCAUCUUUGUUUCUAUUAAUAUUUAUUGCAUUGCUUGGGAUUGCUCUGGAGCCAAUAUUCCUGUUACUGGAAAAAUAGAUUGGAGAACGUGAUUACUAAUACAAGCUUCUCUUUUAAUCAAUCUGCCCUUUCUUUAAAGUGGCUUUGGUGAGUAUAAAGGCUUAGAUUGACAUUGGUGACUGUGCAGUACUGUUCCAGGUUUUGAUAAUGAGAUUGUUCUUUAAACUGAAGGGGUUAUUGGACUUUUUAGGAGUGAUUCUGUAUAUGAUUUCUGUGAUGCUAUUUCACGGAUAUAUCAAGCAGUUCCAAGUACAUAUGAUGGUUAUAAUUUUGGAAUAUGUGACUUCGAAUUGAGAUCAUUAAACCUUAAUGCGUUUUUGUUAGCAAUAUCCUGAAGUCUGCUCUCAAUUGAUCUACUUCUGAAGCAUCUGGACUGUCCUGUUUGCUUGAAAACGGGAGCUUCCGGUGGUCGAUUUCCGGUAUUAGGCGUGCAUUAUAAGAGGGUAGGACAAACACUAUUUCUGGCUUUCUGCAAUAGAAAGCUACGAAGUAUUUUGCUUAUCCGCUGUGUAUGAUAACGAUAAGUUUUGGGAACUCUGGGUCAGAAACAUCGGAUUAUGCCUGAAAGAGUAGCUUUUGUCAUCGUUCUUGGGCUGAGUUGGACAUAGGAUGUUUUUACUUGGACGGUAAUUUGCCCCAGACUGCUUCUCAUUGCAAUCAGCAUCUUUGUCAUCAUCUUCCAUUUCUAUCUCUUCAGUGCAGUCAAUUCCACCAUCAAACUGCCAACGUUCUCUGUUGAAGUUCUGAAACAGUAAUGCCACCUCUGAUCCCAGCUUUACUCAGUCCUGGCAGUGUUUCAAAUGCCCAUAUUUGUAGAGCAAACAUAAAUCCAGGAAAAGUUACACGGUCAGAGUUAGUCGUUGACAGUAGCUCAGCACUUUUGCCUGCAUAGUUUACCAAAUCAUCCCAUAUAUCUCUUCCCCAUGCAUAGCUGUUAAAUGCUUCCAGAUCAUGCAGCAGAUUGACAUAGUAAGAAGGCAGUCCUAAUUUAUUUUGGUUGCCAAAUAGUCCAUGCCCUAGCAGAUACAACAAACCUAAUUUAACACCAUCAUGCUCCACAGUCCCCUCAUUGUUGCUGUUGUAUUGAGUAAAAACAUCUGUGAUGUUUUUUCUAGACACAUAACUCCUCCCAUUGAAAUACCUCUUCCACAAAUCCCCCUGCACAUCAUCUUUUAUUUUUUUCUUAAGCCCAUCCAUCCUAAAAGAUGUCACCAGAGCAAAAUCUUCUUUGGUAAAUGAUAUCAAACUAUUUCUAAUGUUGAAAGUGAUUUUCUCAGUCUCUACCAUAUUAUUCACUUCUUCAACAUGGUUUCCUAUGAGCCCCAACAACAAUUGUCCACUUAUCCAAGAUAUGGAAUCCAUAUCCAAUAUCCAUCCAAACACAGUCCCCCUAAAUUCAGCAAUUUCUUCUGCAUUCAAGUACAUUUUAAUCGCCUUAACCACUUCUGAGAGAUUACAAUAACAAUUUACCCUUAAUUUGUUCAUCUUUGCCAAAAUAUCCUUUUGACAGGAUCUUCUUAUUGCCU